UUCAUUACCGCAAGGAACUCCAAAUUUCCGAUCAUCAUAUCUAAACACGAGAAGCCGAGCGCCUGGGGACGAAAACCAUGACUAUUCUCUCCAAGGAUGCACCUGCGGAGAUCUCCCACCCCGCCCACCCGGAGCACAAGCUGAAGCUGACGGCCGCCGGCGCGGCGGAGUUCCAGUGCGACGUCUGCAAGGAGCUAGGCGCCGGGGACCGGUACACGUGCCGGCCCUGUGACUUCGACCUCCACAGCGACUGCGCCCUCGCAGAGGCCACGCUGGCGCACCCAUUGCUCAAGGGCAGAGAGCUCCAGCUCCGCUACGGCGACGACGGCGGCAGGACAUGUGGCGCCUGCGGCGGGAAGGUACUCGGGCUGCACUACCACUGCGCCGCCAAGAUGGGCAUGGACCUCCACCCGUGCUGCGCGGCGCUGCCGCUGGCGAUCCCCCAGGAGGAGCUCACGCUCGAGCUCCGGAAGGAGGCGUCUCACCGGUGCAGCAGCUGCCGGGAGAGAGGCAGGGGCAGGACCUGGUUCUACCGCUCCACCUGCAAGACCGUGUACCUGCACGUCGCCUGCGUCAGAGAGAUCGCUCGCCGGAGCCGUGCCGCCGGCGACGGCUCGAGCACCGAUCCGUUCGCUUCCGUCAAGGACGCGGCGCUGCAGAUCUACCGCGCAAAGAGGGACGAGAGUGAGUUGGAGCGCGUCAUUCUCGAGCUGGUUCUUGGAGGUUGAUGCCGCAAAGCUUUUCUCCCAAAGGAAGAUUUGCAGGUUGAUUACACAAUUUGCUAAUGAGCCAACGGGACUAUUCCGUAGUAUGUACUGCCUAAACCGCGUGUGUAUUUUAUGGACUUUUACGAUUAUUUCA